AUAAGUAGAGGGGGGCUAAGUGGCACUCUUUGAAAUCCCAGGAUAAACCUUGAGGAGCAAGUAUAAAAGGUCGCCGGAGUUUGCUACCGUUAUCACAUCCCCAAUUCACCGGCGGCACCACCGCCACCGUCCACCCCUCUCCGCCAUGAAUUUACUGGAAAAGAUAAACUUGCUGAAGAAAGAUGCCGAAAAUACUUCGCCGGAAAUAGUUCCCACGGUUGUCUCUUGGACUGAGACCUCCGACACCGUCUCCCGCCACUUUCAGUUUCAACCAGACGGCCAACUUUUCGUGAAGGUGCUUAAUGAUUCAAGACCAGUAAUCCAUAAGCUUUCGGAGUCUUUUGUCAAUACUUUUUUCCCUUCUGGUUAUCCAUACAGUGUUAAUGAAGGAUAUCUAAGAUACACGCAAUUUCGAGCCUUACAACACUUUUCAAGUGCUGCAUUAUCCGUGUUAUCAACUCAGUCACUGUUAUUUGCUGCAGGAUUGAGACCUACCCCAGCACAAGCUACUGCCGUUAGUUGGGUACUUAAGGAUGGUAUGCAGCAUGUGGGGAAGCUAAUAUGUAGCAAUUUAGGUGCAAGAAUGGAUUCUGAGCCCAAACGGUGGCGGAUUUUUGCUGAUGUGUUAUACGACGUGGGCACCGGUUUGGAAGUUCUAUCGCCGUUAUGCCCACAGCUGUUUCUUGAAAUGGCUGGACUUGGAAAUUUUGCCAAGGGGAUGGCAACGGUUGCUGCAAGAGCAACAAGAUUGCCAAUUUAUUCUUCGUUCGCGAAAGAGGGCAACCUUAGUGAUUUGUAUGCAAAAGGAGAGGCGAUUUCUACUGUGUUUAAUGUGAUUGGAUUGGGUGCCGGGAUUCAGUUAGUUUCUACCGUUUGUUCUUCAAUGCAAGGAAAGAUUGUUGUUGGGUCUUUUCUUUCUGCAGUGCAUGUUUAUAGUACGUAUGAAGAAAUGAGAUCUGCUCCUAUCAACACGUUAAAUCCACAGCGCACUGCAAUGAUAAUUGAAGAUUUCUUAAAGACAGGAAAGGUAUCCGGUCCUGCAGACCUAAGAUUCAGAGAAGAUCUUUUCUUUCCUGGGAGAAUAAUAAAAGGGGCUGGAAACGUCAAAGUGGGCCGAAACUUGCGCAAAGUCAUGAAGCCUUCAAGACUUAAACAACUCAAAGAAAUAUUGCCAGAUGAAAACUUUGUUUUAAAUUUUGGAAAUACCUCAACAGACUUGGUGUUGGAGCAGAACGCUAGCGGCGAAGAUGCAUUACGAGGGUGGCUAGUGGCAGCUUACGCAAACCGGGAGGUGGAAACGAUAGAAGAGGCUUAUGAAAAGAUGAAUACAGUAAUGCCGACAUUGCUGUCUGAAUUACGUGCAAAAGGGUGGCAUACUGACCGUUUUCUUGACGGAACAGGUAGUCGUUAUGGUUUCUAGUAUUUUCCUGUAUUUAUUUCGGUUUUAUUUUGUAAUUAGGUUUUCAUGUAUAUGCAUAUUUUAGAUGAAAUGUUAACUGAGAGUAUGGCCUUUGUUUGAAUGGAGUGAAUAGUGGUUAGUUGGUCUUAUAAGUUA